AUGUCCCGUGCGGCCGAGAUCUUAAGCAAAAUCGCCAUCCCCGCCGGUGUUGCGAUUACGCUCGCCCAGAGCGCCCUCUACGACGUCCCCGGCGGUAAACGCGCCGUGAUCUUCGACAGAAUCAACGGGGUGCAAAACACCGUCGUCGGCGAGGGGACCCACUUCCUCGUCCCCUGGCUUCAAAAAGCGGUCGUCUACGAUGUGAGAACGCGUCCUAAAACCAUCAGCACCACCACUGGGUCCAAAGAUUUGCAAACUGUGUCAAUUACUCUUAGAGUGUUGCACCACCCCGAAGUGACGGAAUUGCCCAAGAUCUACCAGAGUUUAGGGCUUGACUACGACGAAAGAGUGUUGCCCUCGGUCGGUAACGAAGUGUUGAAGAGUAUCGUGGCUCAAUUCGAUGCUCUGGAGCUUAUUACUCAGAGAGAGCUUGUGUCGGCGCGGAUCCGCCAGGAACUCCUGCGUCGAUCGGGCGAGUUCGGCAUCGACUUGGACGAUGUCCUGAUUACCCACAUGACCUUCGGACGUGAGUUUACUAAGGCCGUUGAGCAGAAACAGAUCGCUCAACAAGACGCUGAACGGGCGAAAUACCUCGUGGAAAAGGCUGAGCAGGAAAGAAAAGCCAACGUUAUCCGCGCUGAAGGUGAAGCCGAGCUGGCCGAUUUGGUGCUGAAGGCGUUGGCAAAGUCGGGUGACGGGUUAUUGAUGAUCAGACGGUUGGAAGCGUCGAAGGAUAUCGCCACCACGCUUGCGGCGCUGCCCAACGUGACCUACUUGCCCGGUAAAGGUGAAGGCGACGACGGCAACAGCUUGUUGUUGAACGUCGGUCGCUAG